ACUAUUAAUUAUAAAUAUGGAACCCCAAAAUCUUCGGUGAAAAAUGGUUAAAUUUAUUUUAAUGCUGGAUCAAGUCUUUUGACACGAUGUGUAAAGGAGUGAAGAAUGUUAGUUGGGAGACAGAGACUUUGAUGGGCGGUGCUCCUCCUCCGUCGAAAUGGGAAAGAUAUUUUCCUAAAGCUGCCCUCUCUCAUGUCGGAUUGUUUGUCGCCCUCAUGCUGUAUACGGCCGGUGGUGGACUGGUAUUUAGAGCAUUAGAGUAUCCAGCAGAAAUGGCAAAACAGGAAUAUGUUCGAGACCGCUUACUCACUGAACGCUGGAAUUUAAUACGAGUGGUAUCGGAUUUCAAUUUUAAUGGCACUGAAGUUGUGAGCAUGGAGAAACUGCUGAGCGCUCAACUAUCCAUUUACGAAAAAGUUUUAGAGGAAGCAUCUGGUAGUGGAUUGGCUUUAGAAAUAGAAAGAAAUUUUCCACCUUUAGAAGAGAAAUGGAGUAUAUUACAAGCAGUUUUCUUUUCUUCCACUGUGCUCACUACAAUAGGAUAUGGAAACAUAGUGCCUGAAACUUUUUGGGGACGGUUAUUUUGUAUAAUAUACGCACUUGUUGGGAUACCGUUGACGCUCACAGUGAUUGCUGAUUUGGGAAGAGUGUUUGCAACAUUUGUGUCCGUGAUAGCUAAACAUUUACCGGAGAUGCCAAAAUGGUGUAACCGGGUAUCAGAAGCAAAUCCAGCUGGACAACGCUCACUGUACGCGUUUUGGGCUGUCGGAUUUUUAUUCGUAUAUCUAUCAGCUGGUGCUGGUUUAUUUAAAAUGUGGGAAGACGAUUGGACUUUUUAUGAUGGAUUUUACUUUUGUUUCAUUACUAUGACGACUAUUGGAUUCGGCGAUCUUGUGCCAAAGAGACCGAAGUAUAUGCUGCUAUGUACGUUGUAUAUCCUAAUCGGUUUGGCGCUCACGUCUACUAUUAUUGAGCUAGUUCGUAGACAAUACGCUCGUUCUUGGCAACAAUUGCGAGCGCUGUCAGGUCCACUGGCAGACACAUUAAGGAGGCUCGGCGACGCCGGCAGAGGAGUCGACGUGUCUGCGCUCCACGACCUUCGGAAGGUUUUAACUAUCGUAACAAUGCCACGAAUGAGCGGUGGUCGCGAAGCCCUAGCUGAGAAGCGCCAGCUCGAAUGGGAAGCAGCUUUGGAGGCCGUCAUAAGAAAUAUAAAUUCUCCGUCACCUACUCAACAAAAACCACCAAUAGUUCAAAUUGUUAUUUAUGAAUCAUCCGUUUAAAUGAAUAGAAUAUCAAUAAAAUAUCAUUGAUAUUUUUCCGCUGAGCCGCAGAUAAGCUUAUUUUUGGAACGAUUCAUCUAGUCUCUUCUAGUCUUUUUUUAAAAUCUAGUCACUAUUUCAAUCAAGCAGUUAUUAAGCUCUCAAUGUUGAUCGCGUAAAGGCUUAUGCUUUAAAGACCAAAGAGUUUGCAAACUAUUUUAAGAUUACAAUGAGUCUAAUUGUUACAAUGUUCCAUUUUCUAAACUGCCCUUCGAUAUACUUAAUUAUUAUUAAAAUUGUACAUAAUAUCAUAGCAAUUUUAUAAUUAAGUAAAUGAUGUGGAUAUUUUUUGCAUAUUGAUUACCUACUAUUCAAUAUUAAUUUAUGGUAAUUGCUGUAAAUAAACCUCGAUUAAAAUUUAAUUACGAACGGACGUUGUAAUAUAAAUAUAAACUUUGUUUUGUUCCCUUCCGCAAUAAAUAAGUUCUUGGACUUGAGCAGUUAUUUUACUUCGCUAUGUUAUUGUAUAACUCUGUGAAUGUUCGGCCGGUUUUCAUAAGGAGGAAGUAAGUACACUGCGGAUUGCUACAUUAUAAAACUUAUGAACGUUUUGCGUGACAUUCUGAUAUUUUGUGAAUCGGAAAAAUGUUGCGACAAAUUACUUUCAGCUACGUUAAAUAUUCGAUGAAUGUAAUUAAAUAAAGUAGCAUAGAUAUUGUUUUCCCUUAGAUGAAUUACUUUUUAUUUAAGACUGUCCUGUGUUAAAAUAAAAUAACAUAGGCAAUUGUUUUUGUAUUCUGUUAAAUAAUUGAGGAUAAUUCUUGGUAACGUUUUUGAAUGAUUAUAACACCAUGAAUGGGAUUUUCUUUGUAAGCGUAAAUAACGUAAUUGCUCUAGACAAAUAAAAUGACGGAUAGCGGCUUAUUUUAAUAUUCUAGUCACAGAUUCGGUCAAAUAGACUGGGUAGCCGUAGUGUAAAGAAAUUGGAUCGAUAGUAGCACCUUCGUCAGAUAUCACAAGGAGCACAUUUGCUUAUUAUUACAUAUCCUCUGUCGAAAUACUUUUCCAAUACGUAAAUGCUGACGUGUGUAAAUAAAUGUAUGCAUGAUAAACGAUUUCUAUGUGGUUAAUACUUCGUGCUAAGGCUAACCGCAAAACCGCAAACUAUGCGUUUGUUUUAAUAGAUAUUAGCUAAACAAAAUUAAAUUGUCUGCUUUAAAAAUACUGUCUUCCAUGUAAUUAACGCACCAGUUAAACAGUGGUAUUUUUUGUAUAAAGGAAUGUUUAACUAAUUGUUUUGAAAAUUUGGAAUUCAAUUUGUUGUUAAAAUUUGACGCAUGAUGGCCAUUGCUAUGAAAUUGGUUUUUGUUAUUCACGCUGAUACACGAAUCUAAUACAGUAUACACAGUAAAUCACAUAAAGUGUUUCUAUUUUAUACUAAGUACCCGACAUUAGAGCUUUUUACUACGUUUCUAUACAAUGACCGCAUUAUUGUGUAUUACUGGGAACGUAAACACAUUUCCUGAAAUUGCGAUUAUAAAAGUACGCAAGGUACCUAAUAAAAUUGUGUAACAACAUUCGCAACAAUGUCUAAUUAAAACUAUUUGUAUUA